ACCACUUUAUGGCGCAGAGGCUACAACAGGGUCCGAAGUCCAUGAAAGUUUUGCCGAUAAGGGGAGCCAAUAAAAGCAACAGAGCAGCAGUGUAAACACGUCUACCUCUGUCCGGAGCGGCGGAUUUACAUCAGCCGGCCCACUCAUUACCAUGUUUUAUAUCCCCCUGCGCUCAGAAAGCAUCAUGGCAAAGCGGCUCCAUCCUCCCCUCCAACAGGGAAGUGAGUGAAGCUGCCUCGCGUAGCAGGUGUCGCGCGGACAGAAACUCCCCCUCCCUCCGACAGCUCCGGACUCCUGGAACUUUAUUUAUUUAUUUAAAAGUUUUUUUCCCCCCUCUCUCUCUUUCCCCGUCGUUUAAUUGCCCUCCAUCCUUUCUCGCGGUGCUUAUGUCGUGUUUUUAAUGUUCUCCAAAAUGGUCUCGAAGCUGACGUCCCUGCAGCAGGAGCUCCUCAGCGCCCUGCUGGACUCAGGCGUCACCAAAGACGUUCUGAUCCAGGCCCUGGACGACAUGGACCCCAGUCCGCCGCCGCAGGGCUUCGGGGUGAAAAUGGAGAGCCUGCCCGUGUCUCCCGGCAAGUUGAACGGCGCCGACGCGGACUCCAAGCCCGUCUUCCACACUCUCACCAACGGACACGGCAAGGGCAAGCUGUCCGGAGACGAGGGCUCCGAGGACGGGGACGACUACGACACCCCGCCGAUACUCAAGGAGCUCCAGUCGCUCAACACUGAGGAGGCCGCGGAGCAGCGGGCAGAGGUGGACCGCAUGUUGGCCGAGGACCCAUGGCGGGCGGCUCGUAUGAUCAAAGGUUACAUGCAGCAGCACAACAUCCCCCAGCGGGAGGUGGUGGACAUCACGGGGCUCAAUCAGUCUCACCUCUCCCAGCACCUCAACAAAGGGACGCCCAUGAAGACGCAGAAGCGAGCGGCCCUCUACACCUGGUACGUCAGGAAGCAGCGGGAAAUUCUUCGACAGUUCAACCAGGCCACUCAAGCUUCUAUUGGCAACAUGUCAGACAAAGGCAGCCAGGAUCCGGCCUUUUUCUACCCGGAGUUCAACAUGUCCGGCCCGGGCAUGGGUCAGUCGAGCGAAGAGGUCGGCACUGAGCCCCUGAGUAAGAAAAUGAGGCGUAACCGUUUCAAAUGGGGGCCUGCAUCUCAGCAAAUCCUGUACCAGGCCUACGAGCGGCAGAAGAACCCCAGCAAAGAGGAGAGGGAGGCUCUGGUGGAGGAGUGCAACAGAGCUGAGUGUCUUCAGAGAGGCGUAUCCCCUUCUAAAGCUCAGGGACUCGGUUCUAACCUGGUCACCGAAGUGAGAGUUUAUAACUGGUUUGCCAACAGACGUAAGGAGGAAGCCUUCAGGCAAAAGCUGGCUAUGGACGCCAUCACUGCACCUUCGCACGGCAUCAACCCACUGCUGUCGCACAGCUCACCACAUCAUCCCCAGACCAGCGUGUCCCCUCCAAUGCGUUACAGCCAAGGCCCCGGCGAAGUCUCCUCCUCCACCGCCAUCAGUCACCACAGCAGCAGCAGCCAGUCGGUGCUGCAGCAGGUGUCCCCGGGAGGACUGGACCACAGCCACAGCUUGCUGUCGCCCGACGCCAAGAUGAUUUCAGGCUCAGGCGGAGGACUUCCUCCGGUCAGCACGCUGACCAACAUCCACAGUUCCCACCACAGCCACCAGCAGCCGCAAAACCUCCUAAUGCCUCUGAGUGGAGUGAUGGCGAUAGCGCAGAGUUUGAGCACGUCGCAGGCCCAGACGGUGCCGGUGAUCAACAGUGUGGCGGGGAGCCUGGCCGCUCUCCAGCCGGUGCAGUUCUCCCAGCAGCUCCACAGCCCCCACCAGCCCAGCCUGAUGCAGCAGUCGCCCAGCCACAUGAGCCAGCAGCCUUUCAUGGCCACCGUCACACACUCUCACAUGUAUUCGCACAAACAAGAGCCCCCGCAGUACUCUCACCCGUCCCGUUUUCCCUCAUCCAUGGUCACAGACGCCAACAGCAUCAGCACCCUCAGCUCCAUGUCCUCCAGCAAGACGGACGCUCCUGUAAACAAGAUGGUGCAACUCGGGGGUAUCUCCUGGUGUCCUCUUCCAGCUUGGUGAGAGCGUCCAACCGACUUCCCUGCUGCCCGGCAACCGGAGCGCAUUUUUCCACCUUCUCGCCGAGGUUAGCAUGACAACUGCUAAUGGCCCACAGGCGCGUGCGCUGGACAACAAGCUGGUCAACAAACAUGGAGGGGAGGGGGAGGGGGAAGGGGGACCGAGUCUGCUGCGCAUGAAUGAUCAACAAGGAUGUUUAUGAUUCAAACUCAAAUCUUAGAAAACAGUAUUUGGUUUAAAGAAAAAAAAAAUGUCAUCCCAAGUUGUCACGUAAAGGAACAAAAGCACCAGAAUGAACUAUUUUGAGGACCUUAAUGGAGGGAUUUGGGGUGACUUCAAGACAUUAACGACAGAGAGGACAAGGGGGACACCUUGUCUGCACGUGUGACAAUCACAAUGACCACUAUUGAUCUUGUGCAUACAUUUCUUACUGUUUUUUUUUUUAAAGGAGUCUUCCAUGUUUUUAUCUGUCCAUAUUCAGUUUACUGUACUGCAAAUGACCGCUUGAAGUCGUUCCUUGUGUAUACUGUGAUUUGAAAAGACUUUGACAAUCUCAAAAGGACUAUGCAAUGCUUUGUAUAACUGGAUUCUGCACAAAACUCCACACACUUGAGGCUGGAAAAGGAAUAUGCACUAUACAGCUGUUGUAAACUGUUGACAAAAUAACAAAACAAAAAAAAAAAGUAGAUUUGUAAUGAAUA